AGGAAGCAGUCUGCAGAAGGAAUGCAAGUGAUUUAAUAAUUUCCCCUUUAUACCCAGAACAAUUACAAAAUGAAAGGAGUCCUAGUCCUGCUGCUGGCUUUAUCUUUGGGUCAUGCUCUACAGAGAGGAAAUACUUCUUUCAGCUGGAAAGGAAGAUGUGGCAGACCCUGAGGUACACAUAGGAAAUGCAUAGAAAGGUCGUGAUUAUAUGCGAGACAAAAUCUGUCAAGAAUUCAACAACCUGGGAAAAAAUGACUUCCGAACUCUAACAAUCAUCAUGAAUAGCAAGAAAUUCUCCAAUGCUACAUUUGAAGAGAUCAGUCACAUUGUGAAAGAGAUGGUCUCCCUUGUAGAAACAUGUUGUGCUGAAGGGGCUGAUCCCAACUGCUAUGAUGAGGGGUCUUCAGCACUGUCUGACAAAUCCUGUGAUGAAAAUUCUCCUUUCCCUAUGCAUGCCGGAACUGCAGACUGCUGUACUCACCAAGGUCUAGAGAAAAAGCUCUGUUUGGCUGCCCUCCAUCAUCCACCCAAAGAGUUUCCUACUUAUGUGGAGCCAUCGAAUGAAGAACUCUGUGAUGCCUUCAAGAAAGAUCCCAAGGACUUUGCAGACAAGUUUCUGUACGAGUAUUCCAGUAACUUUGGACAAGCCCCUUUGCCGCUGUUAGUAGCUUCUACAGGAAGUUACUUGUCUAUGGUUUCAACUUGCUGCAUUUCACCAAGCCCGGGUAUCUGCUUCUUGAAAGAGAGAUUGGAAAGAAAAACUGUCUCAAUAACCACUAGAAUGGCAAACAGAGUUUGUUCUCAACUUGCGGUAUAUGGAAAGGAAAAAACCAAGUUCAGCUCUUUAGUCAUGUUUUCUCAGAAGAUACCAUGUGCGUCAUUUGAGGAAAUUUUACCUCUGGCUGAAGAUGCUGCUGAAGUGUUUUCCAAGUUCUGUAAUUCAACAACUGAAGACUCUGUGCAGAAGGAGUUAUCAGAACACACCACAAAAAUCUGCAGCACAUUAUCAUCCAAGGAUGAAAAAUUUGCUGACUGCUGCCAGGGAAAAAAUCUUAUGCAAGACUAUUUGUGCAUAUAUUCACUGCAACAUGCUAAAGUUACAUCAUUGCCUGACAUUGAUACACCAACAAAUGAACAGCUCUGUAGUGAAGACAGGGACCAGAACUCAUAUAGAUACAUGUUUGAGAUAUCACGGAGGUACACCAGCAUCCCAGAGGUUUUCCUAAGCAAGCUGUAUGACGCUACAAAAAAAGUUAUGGAUGAAUGUUGUCGUGCUGUGGAUGUCACUGGUUGUCUGAACAACAAGAAGCGUCAGGGCAAAAAAGAGGUAUCCCAGUUUCUGGAAAAGGCAAACAAGCUUUGUGGAGAAUACACUAACAAUACUUUCCUGGAAUUCAAGAAGAGACUAAAAGACAACUUCCAGAAGACUAUGACUGGUGCCACCCCAGAGUAUAUUACAGAGCUGGUAGAGGACAGAGCUAACUUCGCCUCCACGUGCUGCACUAUGAACUCACCUCCAUUGUACUGUGACUUGAAGAUUAAGGCUGAAGCUGGGCGCACAUGUGACUAUGAGUCCUGCAGGUUGAUCUAGAUGUGAAACCAGAAAACAACUCAUAGGCACAAAAGACCAAUUAAAAAGAAGACUGAUCCCUCCAGUUCUUGUGAUUCAUGAGGACUACUGAUCUCCCAGAGUCGACAGAACCAAGAGCUUGAAACCCUGCUCACAGCUUCCUGUCCAUUACUAUUGUAAUGUGACUAGUUCAUACUGUAACUACAAUAAAGGUUUUAACAGCA